AUUAUAAUAAAGAAAAAGCCAGGCAUUGCGCUCCCCGCGACUCACUUGUUCAUCACUAAUUUCUUACAAGACACAAUAAGAUGUUUGUGUAAGGCAUCUCAGAGAGCCGUCCCUGUCAUGACCCUGAACCAUGAGCUCCCAGCAGCAACAGUCCACCAGUGCCAACACGCUCACCACAUCAGCCCACCGCAGCACCCUUGCACAGAUUCAGGGGACUACAUAUGGCCAGAGCUUCAGUGGUAGUGAGACUGAUGUGAGCACGUCAACGGAGAACCUGAGUCCUGAGGAGAGAUACGCCUUGGAGCACACGCAGCGUCAGGAGCCCCAGGGCCAAGAGAAUGUUGGCAACACUGUCAACAGCAUGGCCAACUCACAGAUCUGCCGUGUGAAUACUCCAGUGACCAGUGUAACAACUGUAGCUCCUGCCACAAGAUCCAAUGAAUCUAAUGCAUCCAUUUGUAGUAGCACAAAUACAUUGAUCAUUCAUAACAAUGUGUCUGAUGAUCCAUGGCAGCACAGGUGGUUGCCAGGUGGAUACUCCACUCCUAUGGCAGGAAGAAAAUCAGUACCCUCCAAUCUGCAUGACAAUCAAGAAGGGGCUGCCACUUACAACAGCCAAGUGCACAAACUGAAUAUGGAAUCUCUUAAUCUCAUCCCUGUUGAAUUCCUCGGUGCUUGACUCAUCUGCACUCACGCAGAAAACAGCUGUACCCUCUUACCUCAGUCAGAACAACAUCCUUGGCUCUUCCAAGCUGUCCCACACUGCUGCCACAGACCUGCCAGACAUCCCCUCCUCCUACCUGGAUCAGUCCGAAGUUCUGAAGCACCUCCUGGGUCGUGAGGGAAAGGGUGGCCACAGUGACCAAAGUGCCUCCAGCUCCAACAGUGGUAUCAACCUCCUCACAGAGAAUGCAGGGCCCUUUGGGCGGGACCUCUCCCAGAUGCCCCUGCAAUACAACCCAGUGGAUGCUGGCCCCAACUAUGAUGUGGUUAACCUACCACCUCCCCCAGCUUAUCCAAUCUGGCGGCUCCAGGAGUCAGAGAAGCAGGAACAGCAGAUAGAACUGGCCAAGCAUGGCAUUGAGAAGUCCAACUUGUCAAAGUCACAGCCUGAUCUGACCAAGUUGGGCAAUGCCAAGGAAGCCACAAGUCCCAAGGAGUUGCUUAGCCAGAGGAUCGUAUCUGGGCAGACAGACCAUGCAGAUGGUCACCUACAGGAAAUGGCUGAUAUUCUGGCUCAGGAGAAUAAAGCCCUAAAGAUGGAGAUUGAUAUGUACCACAGGAAGGUCGCCAAACUACAGAGGUUUGAAAUAGAAAUCAUCAAGGUACAUGAGGCACACGAGGGGCUAGUGAAACUCUCCGAGCGGCGAGAACAGCUGGAGAGGCUUGCUAGGCAUAAAUUGCAGGCUGAGGUGAAGAGGCUGACUGAUCUUAAUGCCGACCUAAAGGACCAAGUAGAUGUACUUUCCACACAAAUUGCCAACCGGGCCAUACCGACUGACAACACUGAUGCCCUGCGCAAAGAACUCAAUAAGCGGGAUGUGUUUAUUGCUCAGUUGGUUUCUCAAAACAAGGAGCUUAUAGCAGCUAAAGAAAGACAGGAAAUUGAACUAACAGCCCAAAGGCAGACUUUGAACGAACAGCGAACGCACAUUGACAUUCUAGACUCUGCUCUGACAAAUGCUCAAGCUAAUGUGGUGAAGCUCGAAGAAGAGUUACGUAAGAAGCAGAAUUUGGUGGAGCAGGCAGGACAGCUGAAACGUCUCUUAGUUUCCCUACAACUGGCAGCUGACCGAAGAGAGCAAUCAGAGAAGAACUUGCGCCAGAGAUUGGAGAAGGAAAUUGAGCAACUACGGCUCGGUGUGAGACAGGAGGAGCCGGCUAGUAAACUGAGCGAUCUUCGGCGAGAGCUGCGUGAGAAAGAGGAGAAGAUCAUGGUGCUUGAGGGAGAGGUGACCAAGUGGGAGCAGCGCUACCUGCAGGAGUCUGCCAUGAGACAGCUAGCUAUUGACGCGGUGUCUCUGCCCAAGUGCGUCUCCUCCUCACCCACCGGAAUCCCCCAGAAUGCGGACGCCAAGAUAGCAGCCCUAGAGAAGACAAGUCAGGAAAGCGAGCGGCGCAUCGCCCAGGCCAAGUCAGAGAAACUGCGGCACAUGGAUGAGAUACACAACAUGAACAAGAAGCAGACGGAGUACGAAGCGAGCUUGGAAGGCAGAAGCAACAGCAACAACAACAGUGUGGUUCACAGUACCCAGGCUUCCACUGUGCAUUCUCACACAAGCAGUGGACUGGGAGGGGCAGCUGGGGGCUCUAGCACCCCAGGAACGCCAAGACGAGAUGAAGAGCUUGGCUGUGCCCCCCCUCCCAUCCCCCCCUUCCCUGCCCUGAGCCACCCUUCUGGCACGAGUGCCACUUCGAAGGCUAGUGUCCCCAACCCCUACUUGGAACUGGCGUCGACUUCCUUCCCUUCAACAUCCCUUAUUUCAACAUCGUCAGCCUCGUCCACUUCAUCCGUCUCGGCAGUGGCAGCAGUGCAGGAGAACCAAGCUGCAGGAGGGCGGGGUAGGCUUAGGGAACAA